AUGGACGCACACAAACCUCGCGUCGGAGGACACGAGUUUAACGACUUUGUUGACACCCCUGUUAUCGUGGUGGCCAAAGUGUCUGAUACCACGAUUGCUUCGGCAGCUCAGAUUGAAUGCAGCGAUGGUGCAACGGUGGAGGUUCGCUUCAACGACCCUCAGAUGCCGACAUCACCCUCGCGCUCGCUGCAGGCGUCCGUUGUACGGUCCCCCAUGCACAGUUCUCACCAAGGACACGAGGUUCGAGCGACCAAAGCACCUAUUGCACACGCUGAUCGCUCAAGCAAGGCCGGCAAGGGCGCACGGAUUGUGCCAUCUCGCUACAUGAGCGCCAGCACCACUAGCUCCCGCCGAGAGUCCACCAGUGCCACAGGUGGUCUUGCCAGCAGACCCACGACAACGAAAGACUCAAAAGAAUCUCGUCAGAUUCGAUCCGCGCUGCCCGCAGCCCACCGCUCUUCCAUCAAACGAACCACUGGUAGCAGCCGUACUUCUGCUGCUCCCGCUUCCAAGCCUGCCGCAUCUUCGAGUCAUGGGCCCAGCACAUCCCAACGUUCCCGCGGUGGGCCAACGCGCAGUCGAACCUCUGCUGCUGCAGCCACUGGUGGCUCUACCACCGAUACCAAUCUUCUUACCCAACAAAAUACCGAGUUUGAGCUCGCCAAGGUCUACCUGCUCGGCCUGCCCCUCGCUGCAGAGCUCGUAGCCUCAUCUACGCGCAGAUGUGCUGCAGUCCAGUGGGCCUUUGUGCUGGCCAACGUUUCGGAGCAAUUUCAAGCGCAACAAGAGACUCUGCAAGAGGAGCUGACAGAUCUGCGCAAUGCCGUUUGUACGUGUCUUCUGCCUUUGCCUUUCCUCACCGCUUGGUCAGAUGACCGAAAGGGCAACCCCUUUGAGCGCAUGAUACUCGCUUAUCAAGGCUUUUUUUCACCUUCAGAUGCUCUUCAGCGUCAAUUUGCAUCAGCCCAGCUUGACCUUCAGCGACAGCAGCUCGUUCGCAAAGUCAUGCAGCUUCAAGCCGCCCAAGAGCCGUUGCAGCGAUCCCAAGCUCUGCUAACGCAAUCCCUCCAGCUGCGAACCAUGUAUCAAGCAGUUGAACAGGCACAACAUGGUGUCACACUGCAAGGAUGUAAACCAGUCCAGCCAAGUCAGUCUCAUCAAACUCAUUUUUAUUGCUUGUGUGUGUGCAAUUUUCAUCCGAGAUGUUCAUCCAUUGUCCCUUGGUUCACUCCGCUUGUUCUGCUGCAACAAUCCAACACGAACCUGGGGCUGGGCACACCAUCAGCGGACCUGCAGCGCGCUUUAGUGCACCUAGACCAGGCCAUCGCAGGUCACCAGCCUCUCAACCAAAAUGAGGUGGUGCAACUGAGCAGACAUCAUCAGCUCUUGGCCUCACGUCAGGCCGAAUUACAUGCCCUCGAGCAGCAGCUCCGUGCUUGUGAGCAAGAUGCCGUGGAGCUGUGCAGCCGAGUGAUGACAGACGCAACUCCGCGCGUUACCAUUCGCUGGUAGACAUCCUUGAGGCUGCUCCUUGUGAGACAGUUUUUGUUAUGAUCGAUUUCGUGCUUUACGCAUCGACAACACUCAUUCUACUAUGAUUGAUUAAAGAAGAAG